AUUAAUUAAUUAAUUAUAACCAAGAAACGACAGCGUGUCAAGUUAGUUGCAAAUGCUAGCAAGCAGAACGAGAAAAAGAAGACUCCCAGAGAGAUAGAGAGUGAGACAGAGAUGGUAAGAGGAGAAGUACUAAGCGCGUACAGGGCUCUGUUAAGAGCGACCCGAAAAUCAUUCGCGGGCGACACCCUGAUGCUGAACGCCUCCGCCGCCGAGGUCCGUAAGAAAUUCAGCGAGAAUCGUCACGUGACCUCCGAGCCAGAGAUCCAGAGACUCCUGGAUGAAGCACGUGAGGCCUCCCAUUUCAUUUCCACCAUGAUCGUUCAAGCCAAGCUCAACGACCGCGGCGGCUACGAGGUGAAGCCGAGUAAGGAGCAUGCAGGAGCUACACUGGAGAUCCCAUCCGAAGAGAUCAUCAGAAAAUCUGCAUGAAAUUGAAGGACUAACCUUGGGCGCAUUAUCAGAAACUAUUGUUAUGUGCUUCAGGCUGUCUGCUAUAAGGGUAGAUUUCACCCCUUGGGUUUUUCUGUUUUGGUUACUUGGUUAUGUGCUUCAGGCUGUCUGCUAUAAGGGUAGAUUUCACCCUUGGGUUUUUCUGUUUUGGUUACUUGGUAGAAGAUUUUUCUGUUUGUUUAAGUCAUCAAUCAUCCAUCCAAGCAAACCAUUUUGAUUCGUUGCUCAAAAUUUUAGUGAAAGUGAAACAAUUGUGAGAAUUGUAGCCUUGGUUGAUGAGGGUUUGUCUCAUUAAUAAGUUUUCAGUUCUGUACCACGAUACUUACAAGUUACAAAGCAUUGGCUGAAUGAUACAAUUACAUGAAAUCGCCACAGGGAAA